UUGUAUACAGGGAAACGUAGUCAGUCAGUUAUCGACAAAACUCAGCCGUUAAAACGCACAUUUUUUUCUUCAGUUCUCAAAAUGCGCUUGUUGUUCGCAGCUUGUUUUAGCGUAAACUUGCUCCUUCAGGUCGCUAUACAUGGCAAUGACACUGGCACCGAAUCUGGCACCUGUGACGAGACGAAUGUCUGUUCAACCAUUAAGGCUUUGGAAACGAAACUGGAAGCGAAGUUGGAAAAGCUUAUCGAGCUGGUUUCCCCGCCAGUUGUUCCCACUUCCUGUAAAGAACUGUAUGACAAACACAAUUUGCGAGUAAAUAAAUCCUACGAGCUGCAAACUGACAGUGGAAAGAUCCCUGUGUAUUGUCACAUGACCAGCGACGGCAUUGGCGCAUGCGGAGGUGGAGGAUGGACACUGGUCAUGAAAAUUGAUGGUCAUAAGUCAACCUUCCACUACAAUUCCGCACUCUGGACCAACAAGAAUGAGUUUAACCUUCCUGGAGGCAAGACUGGGUUUGAUUUUCAAGAGACCAAGUUACCGACCUACUGGAACACAUCCUUCUCCAAGAUCUGUCUUGGUAUGAAGAUCGGCCAUCAGAUCAAAUUCAUGGUCGUUAACAGGCAUGCCAACUCUCUGUACUCACUGAUCGCUGACGGCCAAUACCGCGCCACCUCAGUGGGUCGUGACAAGUGGAAGACGCUGAUUGGUUCACAGGCCUCCUUACAGCACAACUGUAACAAGGAAGGGUUCAAUGCUGUGUGUACUAAUGGUAACAAUGCUAAAGCAAGAAUCGGCAUCCUUAGUAACAACGAAAAUAAUUGCUACAACUGUGACUCCAGAAUCGGGUUUGGUUCAGGAGGGUAUCCUGAUGACUCCAACACGUGUGGAAACGACGCAAGAUGGUCACCAGAUAAUGGAGAAAAAUACAUCAAAGCCAUGGGUUACAUUUUGGUCCAGUGACAAGACCGGCCUCGUCUCAUUUCAAGACCAUUCAAGGAAACUGAAUGUUGUAAAACAAAUAAAACACGGUGGUGGGAAUAAAUGUUUUUUUGACUUAUUUUGUUGUUUCUUAUAUCAGGUUUUCACUCAACAUGACUCAUUUGCAAUUAACACUUAGCUGGACUGUACACAGAAGUACCGAUAACAACGCCCUGAAUGAAAACCUCAGGUAGAAGUUAUUUUUGUUCUAAAAAUUCGAUUAUCUGCGAUACUGGAAAACAAAUGAUUUUGAAAAAUUGG